AAGCAAAAGCAAGAGAAGGGGAAACGUGAGAAAUUCUGGGAACUUAGUGUGGGAGUGUGUUCCAGAGUCCUGACUGAAGAUGCUGGGUUGUGGGUGUAUUCUCCUCUCCUGUCUCCUGACUGUGACCCUUCUGCACCGUGGUACAGACAGCCUGCGCAUCGCCCCGGAUCCCCCAGAGUAUCUGGACUCAGCCGCGAUGGAAGAGUCUGGAGCACGGGCCCGGUCUGGUGAGGAGAAGUCAGGCAGCAACCUGGCAGCCAAACUGCUCCUCCUGGACCAGCUGGCCCGCCUGGAGAACGACGUUAUUGAGACAAAGAAGAAGAGGAGCUUCAACGGUGGGAGCAUCCCUCUGGACCGCCUGUCGAUCAGUAACAUGGACCUGAAGGGGAAACAGAGGAAAGUGGAGGUGCCGCGGAGGCGGGUGAGCGUUCCCAUCGAUCGGAUCGGGGCGGGCCGGCUUCCCAGCGCAAGGGGCUAGGCCCCAUUCCGUCUCUGCCUGUAGGCCCCCCGCCGGCAGCAGAAACACGAGGAACAACCCCAAGUCCCUUCUGCUGAGCACCACUGACAGGGAGAGGGCAAGGGCAAGUCUGACACAGUGUAUAUACCACUGCUACACACCACCCAACUUGUGCCUCAGCUCAUUUCUCCAGCCAUACGUUUCUCGUCCUCACGCCCCUAACGUCUGUCUGCUCUCCCGUGUGCGACCCCUCACUGUUUCUCACCCUCAUGCUUACACACACGCUGUCUACCCGUUCUCAUUUUUUAAACCUUAUCUGACACUCGUUUUGCACACACUGUUCACAGUGACUGAAGGCUGUCUGUUUGUGGCCUUGACAAUAAAAUUGAAGAUACAGUU